AGGCAGUGUCACGGUCAACUCCUUCACAGGACUUCUUCCCGAGCCCCCACAUGAAGACCAAGUACACAUAGUCACAUUGCAAACGGUGUUAGGGAAGACCUUCGGGAAAUUUGGUAGCUUUGAGUUGGGAGUUGAGAGGAGAGGGACCGGGGAAGAGUCAUAAAUGCCUCUGACGGUUGUUAUCUGUCACCCUGCAGCAAUCAAGGCGCAGAUAAAACGAGGUCGUCGAAAACGGUAUUGCCCCUUAUUGCCCCCCCAAAAACUGCUGGCCAGUUUUGCGUUACGCAUUCGAUUCACAUCACGCUCUCAUCCAAGCAAAACUCAAUCUUCGAUGCGUCCAGGUUGCCUUGGAUAUCUCCUCGUUUCAGCAUUUCUUGCUGUUGUGCAGGCUGCACCGUUCAUUGCCCAUGACAGCGGACUGUCCUCUGCAUCAUACCAUGUCAGACAGAACAUAGAGCAGAAAAUACCAACGAACAACCUGAUUCGUAGUCUCUCGACUCGGAUGAAGGACUCCAAUUCAAAGAGCCUCGAACAGGGUGGUAAGAACGUCCGAAUAGCGAGCGAUACCCACCGAAACGUUCCCGAAACAGCACGAAAGAUCGAAAUUCUGUUCAUUCUCGAUGAUGGUGACCCGGGAGGAAAUAAAGAAGCUGCCCAACACUGGUUGGCCACCCUUUUCAAGACAUCACAUUCCGAUGAUGACAGAAAAGUUACUAUGUGGUGGUGGGAUUGUAAUCAUCCCAAUCCUGGACAGUUUUCGCAUCCUCAAACGUGGACUCGGGAACAACAUUACUUCCCUAAAAACACAGGGUCUUCAUGAAUGGGCAUGGAUGCUUCGAGAGGUAGUGAUGGCAGGGGACUAACUUCAGAAGACGAGUAGGCUAGUAAUGUUAUUCCAACUUUGGAAUCUCU